AUGGCGAGUACUUCAAAAUUAAGGAAGAUAGUUCCGAAAAAGAAAUUAAAGAAGAUAGCUCCGAUUCUCCCUGAUGAUGUCAUCAUUCUUAUACUCUCCAAACUUCCGGUAAAGUCGCUCUUACGAUAUAGGUGUGUCUCCAGACUUUGGAGCUCAUUGAUCUUUGAUCCGUAUUUCAUUGAACAACACCGUUUUGAACAUGCAAAUCAAGAUCCUAAUCUUUUAAUUCUGGACCGAGAUCAUCACAUCUUCUCUAAUUUUUCCUUGGCCGUGGGAACACAGGAAAUCUAUGUGUUACCAAAGGCCGUUCCUAAAAAUUGGUUUUCUUUAUCAUAUUGUCGUCAUGGCUUGUUCCUUCUCUCCGAGUACUACAAAAUUCAUGUAUGUAAUCCCGCUACUCGAGAAUUGAUAACAUUGCCACAAGCCAGUCAACAAUUCUCUUUUCAUCUAAAUCCAAUUCAACAUGUUGGUUUAGGAUAUGAUGAUGUCGCCAAACAAUAUAAGAUUGUCCGGUUCUUUAAUCCUAACCCUGACACAUCUCUAUACCAUAUGGAAUGUGAAAUCUUUACACUGGGUCUCUCGGAUUCAUGGAGAAGAGUUUGUAGCAUCCCUUAUCCACUUGCCACUUACCCACCCGCUUUCGUAAAUGGUGCCUUGUAUUGGAAGAUUGAAACCUACUUUCUCAUGGAUAUACCCACAUUAAUCAUUUCAUUCAAUCUCAGAGAUGAGAAGAUUAGUGUAAUCCCUCUUCCUAUGUGUUGUUCGGAUCCCAACAAGAAUCAAUGUUGUAUGCGGGUGGUGCAACUAGGAGGGUGCCUGGGUCUAACAGAUAGUUCGACAAAGCCGUUGAUGGAUAUAUGGAUGUUACAAGACUACACCAAACACAUUUGGAUUAAAACAUAUAGCAUCAAUCUGAAACCAUGUAUGGAUAUGUCAAUGAAGUCUUUAUUGUUUAUGCUUUAG